CUCAUGAAUACCCACGUGCUCCAUUCCGCCGCAGUUCACGCGCGUGCACGAGGUCCGUUUCCUGUUCAAGAUGGCAGCCACCAUGAAGAAAGGAGUGGCAGCUGAAGAUGUCAAUGUAACAUUUGAGGACCAGCAAAAGAUCAACAAGUUUGCCAGGAACACAAAUCGGAUGUCUGAACUUAAAGACGAAAUCGAGGCCAAAAAGAAAUCCUUACAGAAUCUCGAGGAUGCCAGUGAUGACCUCAUGAUGUGUGAGGACGAUGCAAUGCUGAUCCCGUAUCAGAUCGGAGACGUGUUCAUCAGUCACUCGCAGGAAGAGACGCAGGAAAUGCUGGAGGCAGCCAAGGAAGCUCUGCAGGAUGAGAUCAAAGCUCUGGAGGGUCGUGUGUCGUCCAUACAGGAGCUCCUCGGAGAUUUGAAGGUUCAGUUAUAUGCCAAGUUCGGAAACAACAUCAAUCUAGAGGCAGAUGAGAGCUGAGACCUGGAGCAUGACCUCAUAGACUAUCAGUCUCCAACAGGAAAUGGCAUUUCUACUCUGACAGCAAGUUCUCGCCCUGUUUAAACUAGUGUUGUUUGUUGCAUUUCACAUGUCGUUAUGUUUAGUGAAUGAAUUGAGCUGUUGCAUACAGGUGGUUUUGGGGCCAGCUGCAUGAAGCAUCCAACAAGAGAGAAUGAGAGGCACUGAUGUUAAAAAAAUAAAAAGCUAAAUAUUC